UCUCUUCUCCCUCUUUCACUCUUUGCAUGAGUGGUUCUGGCAGUUUCUUUGUUUUUUUUUUUUUUUUCUCUGAGAAAACUAUUGGUCAGCCAUGGAUGAAGAGUAUGACGUGAUUGUUCUUGGGACUGGUCUCAAGGAGUGCAUCCUUAGUGGCCUUCUCUCUGUUGAUGGACUCAAAGUACUGCAUAUGGACAGAAAUGACUAUUAUGGAGGAGCCUCAUCCUCUCUUAAUCUUAAACAGCUUUGGAAGCAUUUCAGGGGAAAUGAUGAGCCUCCAGAAAAAUUGGGCUCAAGCAGAGAGUACAAUGUUGAUAUGAUCCCUAAGUUCAUGAUGGCCAAUGGUAAACUGGUCCGCGUUCUCAUCCACACAGAUGUUACCAAGUAUCUACACUUCAAGGCUGUAGAUGGCAGUUUUGUGUACAAUAAAGGAAAGAUUUACAAAGUUCCAGCAAGUGAUGUUGAAGCCCUGAAAUCAUCACUGAUGGGUCUGUUUGAGAAGCGUCGUGCUCGAAAGUUUUUCCUUUAUAUCCAAGACUAUGAAGAUAAUGACCCAAAAUCUCAUGAGGGGCUGGAUUUGAACAAAAUUACAGCAAGGGAGCUUAUCACAAAAUACGGGUUAGAAGAUGAUACAAUUGGCAUCAUUGGUCAUGCAAUUGCACUUCAAAUUGAUGAUAGUUACUUAGAUCAGCCAGCUAUGGAUUUUGUAAAGAGAAUGAAGCUCUAUGCAGAAUCUUUGGCACGUUUUCAAGGAAAUUCUCCAUAUAUCUAUCCAUUGUAUGGACUGGGAGAAUUGCCUCAGGCAUUUGCACGCCUAAGUGCAGUUCAUGGUGGUACUUACAUGCUUAAUAAGCCAGAAUGCAAGGUGGAAUUUGACAAUAAUGGGAAAGCCUUUGGUGUGACUUCUGAAGGAGAAACUGCUAAAUGCAAGAAAGUUGUUUGUGAUCCAUCAUAUUUGCCUGAUAAGGUUCAAAAGGUGGGAAAAGUUGCCCGUGCUAUAUGUAUAAUGAGCCAUCCUAUUCCAGACACCAAUGAUUCUCACUCAGUCCAGGUCAUCCUGCCACAGAAGCAACUCGGCCGCAAAUCAGACAUGUACCUCUUCUGUUGCUCCUAUGCUCACAAUGUGGCUGCAAAAGGGAAGUACAUUGCUUUUGUUUCAACAGAAGCAGAAACUGACAAACCAGAUGUGGAAUUGAAGCCUGGCAUUGACCUCCUUGGACCUGUGGAUGAAAUUUUCUAUGACACUUAUGAUAGAUUUGUUCCCACAAACAAGCAUGAAGUUGAUAGUUGCUUCAUAUCUACUAGCUAUGAUGCAACAACUCACUUCGAGUCCACUGUUGAUGAUGUGAUUCAAAUUUACAGUAAGAUUACUGGAAAGGUUCUUGAUCUUUCUGUGGACCUAAGUGCUGCAAGUGCGGAUGCUGAGGAAUGAAAUUCUUCCUGCUCAUCUUAAUGUUAGGGAAGCACUCCAAUUGUCUCUUCAAGUUUUCGUCCUUCUAUUGAAAAUAAAAACAUGUCUGCUAUUUAUUGGUUUUGUUAUGCUCUAAAGCUGAGAUUGGGAGCUUUUGUUCAACUAAGUUGUCCCUGAAUCUCUGUGUCUUUUGCUUAUAUGAUACUACAACGAUAAAAAGUGUUAAAAUAUAAAUUAAAUGAUUAAAUUCA